CCAAAUCCAAUCUUAUAUUAAUUCUAUGCGCUCAGUAUACAAAACUACCUGGCUCUGCCACAGAUUAUGGCGUUGGCCUCCACCAAUUUACCCCAAUGCGGAAUAGCGCAUACUUGCACCACGCGUAUCUCAACGCGCUGUGUCGAUGCAUUCUUCAACCAGCCUCCUGUGCCUUCCAAGGUUCGUUACUGGCAUCCCAUCUCUAUUUUUCUAGUCAAAGAUUCCCUUUUGAGUAAAUCCUCAUAUCACUAUUCGCCGUCCCUGCAGCUUCAAUUCUUUCUAUCGCAACGUCGCGUGCUCUAAAUCUCUCUUUCCGCAAAUCCUGAGUCCACUAGUCUCCAGUUACUCGGCUCAAUUAAUCAUGUCACUCAAACGCAAGGCUUCAGCUCCCUCUCUGGCAUCUCCAGAGCGAUCCCAGGGCUUCACGCCCCAGCCAAUGAUGAUAGACGACAGCCCAACGCAUCUCCAUUGUCGGACACGCAAGCGAGUGAGAAACGAUCGUCCAGAUGACCAGAUGGUAUAUGAAAAUACUCUUCGCUGGCUGUUUACAGCCCAGCAACGACAGCGGCAUGCACCCACUCCUCCCGCAGACCAGGACGAGGACAUGGAAGCCGAACCUGCGCAGGAGGCUGUCGACCCGCGUCAACAAACAUUGCUUCAAUUCUUCCGUCCUAUCCAGCCCUCGUCCCGCGCCUGUCCUCCGAACAAUACCUCACAAAUCCCUGUCGGUUUUCUACCACAACGAAACAUCGGGUCGAAUUCCCCCAGCACCCCCAGCGAUGGUAGCACAAUCGGGCUAGCUCUUCAGAAAGCCGACGGUGAUAUGGACAUGGACAUGGAUUCUGGAAGUGACGAAUCGGUCCAGGAAUCUAAACAGUGGACAGGGGGCCUUGGGUGGAUGUAAUCUCGAUUAAGCCUUAGUAUACCCUGGCGCCCCGGUCACGGCUCCUAAUCAUUCCUUUUUCCAUGCAUUCGGCUGGUUUCUGCUACCCAUGAUCGCUGGCGAUCGUUCGCGCUACCGCUGUACACGGUGUUGCUGAUCCCUCACCCCUUGUUUCCAGUCGUUUCUUUUUCGAGUUCAAAGCAACCUUGUGUCUGAAUGCGCGCAUUAUCACUUUUUAUAAUAUUGGGACCUCAGCAGCCCCCAUGCCUAGUUGCCCUUGAAGGGGUAUUGGCCCUCCACGAUUCUUGAUAUGCCCAUGUAUAGUUAGCGUUCUAUACCCAAUAG